UAUUUUUGGAAUAUGAUCACUUGAAUACCUGUGAAAUUUUAUUGCUAUUUCCUUAUAUGUGUGCAUAUGUUGUUUUCAAUCGAGAGUUUUGAUAAAUCGUAGGAUGUUAUCGUAUACACAUUGUUAUUUCUGUUUCUUAAGGUAUGUGUUUAGUAAUGAGGCACUUCAUGGGCAAACUAUUUGGUGCGGUUGAAUAGUUUUCAUCUUCCUUUCCCCAACAACGUUAUAGUUCCAUUAGUUAUUACAUAAUUUGUAGUACAGAUAUGUGAAUAAAAACAUAGAUAUCUGGGAUACUUAAGACUGGAGCGAUGAAUUCACCCAAUGAGGGAACACCGCUGAUACGACUUGCUCAAAAUGAUGAGGGAUCGUCAUUGUCGCGGAUUUUCAGAUGGACUCCUGUGGAAUUGCUUGUUGUUUUACAUACAGUAACCAUUGUGGCACUGGGGACAGUACAAACUUUCUACGUCAUCGAUGAGACGGCUAAAAAGCAUGGUCAGAAACACAUUGUACGACAUGCCGAAAACUCCUGCUACCCUGGAAAUAUCACAAACACGUCUCACAUUAACGAUACAAGUAGCAUUAUUCAAAAGGAGUCUGCUGAAAUAAUCAUGUAUUUAGGAUUUUGUUCAACAUUCGCUUCUGUAAUUCCAAUAUUCUUGCUCGGUUAUCUCUCGGAUUUCUUUGGGCGGAGGGUGAUGUACAUCACAUCUAUUUGUGGAACUGUUUUUAAAGAACUAAUCUUGUUGUUAACAGUUUUACUACGGCUACCCAUCUGGGUAUUGUACAUAGGACAGAUAGGCUUUGCAUUUACUGGUACAUUUAGUGGCUCAAUGGUUCAAAUUUUUGCAACUGUUUCUGACAUUACUCCGCCAGGAAAAAAGCGGGCUUUCCGCAUAACUGUAGUCCAGGCAACCGGAAUGUUGACAGCGGCAGUAACAAAUUAUGGUAUGGGAUACUGGAUACUAACCGAAAGAUUCCGAGAACCAAUAACUAUGAGUUUAGCUAUAUCUAUGUUGACGAUAUUUCUAAGUAUAUUCAUUCUUCGAAAACCUACGGAGCACGAUUCUCAACCAAAGAGCCUUCUUGGUCCAUUGAAAUUAUAUAUAAGAGACACACCACAGCACAGAAGGCAAAAGCUAUUACUGUGUUUGCUCGUGUUUUUGUUGUCCUCGUCCUGUCUACAAGGAAAACUCGAAUAUCAGACUUUGUUCCUUAUGCAUCAACCUAUCUGUUGGAAUGCAUUCAAUAUUCAGGUGAUGCAUGCUAUUCAAACGCUGGUUAAUACAGUAUGUGUUGUCGGCAUUGUUCGACUGUUCCUUAAAUUUACAGAAGAUGUUAUGGUACUCUUGAUUGCCUCAAUAUCUGGUAUUGCGUCUAUGUUAAUAUUGGGGUUUUCUGUGACCAGUUGGAUGGUGUAUUUACAUGUUAUUUUUGGUUUUGUUUCUAUUUCCAUUUUUCCGGUAAUGCGUGCCAUGAUGUCAAGGGUAGUUGAUCCUCAAGAGCAAGGAUUUUUGUUUGCAAGUAUUGCUGGUUUGGAUGAGUUACAAGCAGCAUUAACCGGGGUUGUAUAUGGUAAAAUGUAUACGGCGUCUGUUGAUUGGUUUCCUGGAUUCAUAUUUCUCAUAAUGGCGGCAGUGUUUUCCGUAGCGCUUGCUGGUUCUAUAAUACUUUAUAAAUGGCUGAAAGGAGAUAGGCCCGAUAGAAUUUGAAAUAAACCAAAAUGGUGGAAUUAUGUCGUAAAAAUGGCAAUUUAUUAUCCGAAACAUUUUUUUACCCUAUGCUUUUGUUACAUUUUAUAUUGUUUAUUUGUAAUAACAUGAAUCUUUUGUUAAUGUGUGGUUUCAUUUUCAUAUGUUUAUCUUUUUUUUGCAACAUUUUGUCCUUAAUAAUUUGUUCCAACAUGAAUUCUUCUUGUAUGUGUAUUUUCCACAUUAUUUAAUCAUAAUAUUAUAUACAUGUAGUAACUUUUUU